CCCUGCCCCUCGCCGCCGCCGCCUCCUCGCCGACACCGCCGGCUGCUGCCGCAGGGGACCCCGGCACCGGCACCAACUCCGGCUCCUCCGGCACUGCGGGAUCCUCGGGCCCCGGAGACCCCCCGGGGGGUGCCGGGCUCGGCUGCGCUCGCCCCGCCGCUGCCAUGGCCGCGCCGCGCCCCGCUUCCCCCGUCGCCCGGGCAACGGGACUCGGCCCCGCCCCUCUCCCCCCGGCGCCGGCCCGGCCGCGUCCCCUCACCCCGGACCGCCACUCAGCAACGGGGUCACCCCUCCGAUUGGUCGCGGGGAAGGAAGACGGGUCCUGAUCGGCCAAUCCUAGCCCUUUAUUCUAUUUAAUACCCCCCGCGCCCAGGCGGACCGGCCUCCAUUGGCCGGAGCUCCUAGACGGGAGCCAAGCCCUCCACUCCCAUUGGCUACCCGCAGUGGGUCUCCUCCCGCCGGUCGCACCGCCAUUGGCGAGACCGGCGCGGGGGCGUGCCGGCGCGUGCGCGCGGCCGGCGGGCGGGCGGGGUAAGAUGGCGGAACUGGGGAAGAAGUACUGCGUGUACUGCUUGGCCGAGGUGAGCCCUCUGCGCUUCCGCUGCACCGAGUGCGCCGACAUCGAGCUCUGCCCCGACUGCUUCUCGGCAGGUGCCGAGAUCGGCCCGCACCGCCGAUGGCACGGCUACCAGCUCGUCGACGGCGGCCGCUUCACCCUCUGGGGCGCCGAGGCCGAGGGCGGCUGGAGCAGCCGGGAGGAGCAGCUGCUGCUGGACGCCAUCGAGCAGUUCGGCUUCGGCAACUGGGAGGACAUGGCUGCUCAUGUGGGAGCAUCCCGAACUCCUCAGGAGGUGAUGGAACACUACGUGAGCAUGUACAUCCACGGCAACCUGGGAAAAGCCUGCAUCCCUGACACUAUUCCGAACAGAGUCACGGAUCACACCUGUCCCAGUGGCGGCCCCCUUUCUCCUAGCUUGACCACGCCACUCCCACCGUUGGAUAUUUCAGUGGCUGAGCAGCAGCAGCUGGGAUACAUGCCGCUUCGGGAUGACUACGAGAUCGAAUACGAUCAAGAUGCGGAGACUCUGAUCAGUGGCCUUUCGGUGAACUAUGAUGAUGAUGAUGUGGAAAUAGAGUUAAAGAGAGCUCACGUAGAUAUGUACGUAAGGAAACUCAAGGAGAGGCAACGGCGGAAGAACAUUGCACGAGACUAUAACUUGGUGCCAGCCUUUCUGGGGAAGGAUAAAAAGGACAAGGAGAAAGCUCCCAAACGAAAGAUCACAAAAGAAGAGAAAGAGUUGAGGCUGAAACUGAGGCCUCUGUACCAGUUCAUGUCUUGUAAGGAGUUUGAAGACUUCUUUGAGAACAUGCACAAGGAGAGGAUACUUCGAGCAAAGAUCCGUGAGCUGCAGCGGUAUCGUCGAAACGGAAUCACCAAGAUGGAGGAGUCGGCAGAAUACGAGGCAGCCAGGCAUAAACGGGAAAAGAGGAAGGAGAACAAAAACAUCGCUAGUUCCAAGAGAGGGAAGGAAGAUGGCAAAGAAGGUGAAUUUGCUGCCAUUGAAAACCUGCCUGGCUUUGAACUCUUAUCGGACAGGGAAAAGGUGCUCUGCAGUUCUCUAAAUUUGAGUCCUGCACGUUAUGUGACUGUAAAAACUAUAAUCAUUAAAGACCAUCUCCAAAAAAGACAAGGAAUUCCUUCCAAGAGUCGCCUUCCGAGUUACUUAGAUAAGGUACUGAAGAAAAGGAUUUUAAACUUUCUAACAGAAAGCGGUUGGAUAUCCAGGGAUGCUUCAUGAAACUCGGCUGAGCUGAAAAAACCCAGCAGAGGCCCGCUAUAGCCUCAAGGACUCUGUUAUUUUUGCCUUCCCUCCCCAAGGAUACAGGAAUUAUGUCACUUAAAAACAAAAACAACAGCAACAAAAAAAGCAAAUACAUAAACCCCCACAGUAUUCAUGAUCCAUGGUUCAAAUAGACUUCUGCUUUGGAUCAUGGGAAAUACUUAAUCGGCAAACUUCUUCAUUGGAUUUCACUGCUUUUGGUACAUUACUAGAACAGAUUUCUGUCAUUGCUCAAGUCCAGUAGUGCCAGGGUAGUUACUUUACUCCUCUCACUGUUGGACAAAUGAAUAUCAGUGUAAUCCUUGCUUUUCUUUGAAGGUGGGAGAUAGUUUUCAGCAAACGAAACUUUCUUCUCCAUUGUUUUUUGGUGUAAUGCUGGCAGCAAAGUGAAGCUUACAAAAGUCCUGAGCUCAGUGAGUGGAGAUUUUUGUGACCAUCGCUAAGCUUUCAGAACGUUUUCCUUAGUAACUACAGCCUAGGUGCUGGGACAAGUGGGGUGAGAGUUUUGUCAAGAAUACAGCAGGGGUGAGCUGUGGCAGGGGAGAGGAAGGAAAGAAAGGUGGCAGGUGAGAUGCCUUCAGGCACUUGUGCUGUGGAAAGGGUUCUUGAAGAGCUACUGUCACACCCAGCUGGUCUCGACAUACAGCUUUGACUUGAGUUUUUGCUGAAGCAGACCCCACUGAAGCUUUGAUGUUAACUAGCUAAUGGCAAAGUUGUGGGAGUGCAGGGCAGCUGCGGUGCUCUGUUCCAGAGAAGGGUCAGCACUACUGUGAAGUGGCCAAUUUGGGCCAGAAAUGGGGUUUGGGACGAUAGGCAGCGAGUUGUCUGGCAGUGGUCGGGAGCCUUGGGCAGCAAAAGCACUGUUUCUUCUUGUUGGGGGACCUUGUUCCUCCUCCUUUGGUGCCAGUAACUUCUGAGCUUGUAUGGGCUGAGGAGGUGUAGCUGCCAUCUCCUGAAUUUGAUUGGGAGAGACAGGGAAAAGGCGCGAGGUUCUCGAAUGGAGAAUGAUCACUGAGAUUAGUUUUUAAAAACAAAAAAUGAGAAGUUAUACAGAUUAGGUCAAAGCACACAGCUGAUGUAUUCCUACAGUACGGAGCUGUAAAUCAAGCCAUUGCAGGGUUCUAAUUGCACAUACCUUGAAACGUACCAGACUAAACCCAUUGAAGUUGAAAUUACUGACAUGGUAGGAGAACUGUGAAUGCAGCCCACUGCAGCGAGAACAGUGCAUCUUGAGAGGUAACUCGUAAUGACUAGAGUCUGAACUGGGUGUUCGCGACAGGCCCCGGCUGGUGAUGCAAUGCAGCACGUCGCAGAAAUGCCAGAUCUGCGGUGCUGUUUCAGUAAGAUCUACUGAUUCAGGGAAAGAUGUUGAAGGAGGACUAGAAAAGGAUUUUUAUGCUCAUUUCAUCCUUAAAUUCCCAUGCUGGUAUUUAACCAAAUCAAUGAAAAGUGGUGGUUGCCAGGUGGAGGAUGGCAUGGUAUUACUUGUGCCUAAGCUUCUCUACCGGUCAUGUCCAGACCAGGACACUGUGAGGGGGGGCCAGCUGGGCAGAUCUUCUGGAGUGCAGGUGUGCCAAAAGGUGGAACUGGACUGGCUUCAGAGCAAGUGCAAGCACUGGAAAUGUCACCUGGGUUUGAUGCUUUGGGCUGUAGUCAGUGAGGGUACCACAGAAUCUUAAAACAGUAUUAAUUCUGUGACUUGGCAGAGGUACACUGCUCAGAAGUGGGGUUUAGUUAAUAUAUCCAGCAUUACCAAAAUAGUGUUAGCAGUGAGUUUAGAAUAAAAGGGGUAAAAUUACAAAGCCAGCAUUUCUAAGAAAGAAAAAAACCAAAACUCUAGUGCCUUUUUUUUUUUUUUGAGCUUGUGAUGUUAUGUCCCUUCAAAAAAGGUAAGGGCUAUGUCCUCUUGGAUGUAAUACUUUGUUUGGCUUACCUUUAAGUGGCUUGUCAUGGAAUACUCGAGGGAAAACUGUCUCUCCUUGGCAGCAGAGGAACAAACUGCGGUGUGCUGAGCAGCUUUAAGAACCACUUCCACCCUAUAUGCACGUACAAACAGCACUCAAGUUCACAAGGUAUAAACCCUUGGUUAUUUUCUCUGUCCUACUCCUGUGGAAAGGAAGCUCAGCCUUUCUGGUGUUCUAGUUAUGCAAUUUGGUUCUUCCUGUAACUUGUUACCUAACGGCCAUAACAUACCAUUACUGAUAGUGUUCUGGAGCCUCAACUCUGCAUGUAGCUAGGAGGUUAAAAGGAUUGAUUUGGUUUGGUUUUUUUAUUAAUGAUUAUUUUUCUCAAAUCAGUGAUUUUUAAUAUAUAUUUAAAUUUCUACACUGUUUGGCACAUCGAGGUCUAACUAAAGCAAUAGUCUAAAGCCCAUCUGAUCAAUAACUUAAAAAAAAUCUAGGCACCAAUGAGUCAUAUAAAUGUUGAAGUGAAUUCUGCAUUUACACUUUGUAGUUUCUUAAGUCCUCAGCCCCUCCAAAAUGUUUCUUUGGUGCUAGACGUAACUUAUUGAACAUCAAAAUGAAUGUAAAAUAAAGUAUUUUUAAUGUAUGAAAUAUGGAUAUCAAUAUUUAUUUUAUACUUGCAAGCAAAUUCAAGGUGGUAAAUGUUUGCUUUAGCAAAUACUAGUCCCUUGGAAAGGGCUUCCCUAGAAGCAAUGUCUCACUGUCAGCUAUGCUUUUAAUUUUAAAGGUGACUUGCACUAGAGGAUGCUGCUGUUCCAUAUUUUCACAUGGAACAGAUUUAGCCUAAGCAUUCCUUUGUUAUGAGCUGCUGUUUUUUUGAUUGUUUGUUUGUUUUUUAAGUUGAGAUACAGUUAUGUUAAUCCAGCAACUUACUAGAGCUAUGCUGCUUCUCUUCUGUGGUGAAGGGGCUGAGAAAAAACAUGGCAAAGAGCUCUUCAACUUGUAUCUUGUGUUGAUCUGGAAGUGCUUCCUGUACUAUACAAAUAACCUAGCUUUCAUGUUGCUAAUGAAAAGGUGUUUUAUAUGCUUAAUGCUCUUGACUUUUCUAAUUAAAGAUAUUACUAAUGAUAGUAUCUGUCCUAACGGCGUUGAUGUAAGCUUAUGAAAAAGCAACACUCCAUAAGCUGUUCAAAAUACUGAUCCUUCUGCUACUGAUAGAGGCAGCAAUAUGUCUGUUUUAAUGCUGUAUGUUUACUUCAAUCAGUCCCGUCCCAGUGAUGUUUUACAGUAAUACUUGCUCACUAGGUAACAAGGGAGCAUUAAUCUCCAUUCUGUGUGUACUACCCAGUGCAGAGGGGCUCAUUACAGAGUAUUCUGGAUAGAGACCCUCCUGCCCUAUGUUCCGUUGUGGUCCCAGCAAGCAUUAAGAACAGUGUCAGUAGGUUUGCACGAGUCUUUGACCAUGAACUGCCUUGUAAAUCACGCAGACUAAGCACUCUGCCAUUAUUUUCUUGUGCGGCAGCUGCAUCCAAUUUCUUUGCAACUGUAACGGACUUCGUUAACCUUUUGGUUUAGUAUUCCUUCUUGCAAAAUGUUUUUGCAUGUGCCCCAGUUGAUCUUAAGUGAUGACACAUUAAAUACUGUGAAGGAAGGUACUUGGUGAGCACAUUCAGCUCAUCAGCUUCUUCCUUAAAGGGAACGUUGCACUCAUUUGAAUAGUGUACUGGUGUAGCUGUGCCAGACACACAAAUGCCUGUGCGGAAAUCAUGUAAAACCUAAGUGAUGUUGUGCACACUCAGCAUUUUACUAGGUUUUUGCAUUGUAUAUUGGUAAAUAAACUUGUAUUAAAGUUUC